CCGAGCUCGCGCGCGCGUCACCGCCCGCCGUCUUCUUCUCCGGCUCCGAUGCGGGGGGUGGGAGGGGAGGGGGGAAUGGCGGCGAGGAAGAAGCGGGUGGGGAGGUACGAGGUCGGGCGGACCAUCGGGCAGGGCACGUUCGCCAAGGUCAAGUUCGCCGUCGACGCCGACACGGGCGCCGCCGUCGCCAUGAAGGUGCUCGACAAGGACACCAUCCUCAACCACCGCAUGCUCCACCAGAUCAAAAGGGAGAUAUCGAUAAUGAAGAUUGUAAGGCACCCCAAUAUAGUUAGGCUAAAUGAGGUUUUAGCGGGAAAGACAAAGAUAUACAUAAUCUUGGAGCUUAUCACUGGAGGCGAACUGUUUGAUAAAAUAGCUCACCAAGGGAAGCUUCGUGAAAAUGAAGCACGGAAGUACUUCCAGCAGCUUAUAGAUGCCAUCGAUUAUUGCCAUAGCAAAGGAGUCUAUCAUAGAGAUCUGAAGCCUGAAAACCUGCUUCUUGAUUCGCAUGGAAACUUGAAAGUUUCUGAUUUUGGACUUAGUACUCUGGCCCAGAAAGGAGUAGGCCUUCUCCAUACAACUUGUGGAACACCAAAUUAUGUUGCUCCUGAGGUGCUUAGCAACAAUGGCUAUGAUGGAUCUGCGGCAGAUGUUUGGUCAUGUGGUGUUAUUCUUUAUGUUUUAAUGGCUGGAUACCUUCCUUUUGAGGAAAAUGAUCUUCCAACAUUGUAUGACAAGAUAACUGCAGGUCAGUUUUCAUGCCCUUAUUGGUUCUCUCCAGGUGUUACGUCGCUUAUCCACAAAAUACUUGAUCCAAAUCCAAAAGCUCGUAUCACUAUUGAACAAAUAAGGGAAGACACAUGGUUUAAGAAGACUUAUGUGGCCAUUAAACGUGGUGAGGAUGAAAAUGUUGAUCUAGAUGAUGUGCAGGCUGUUUUUGACAAUAUUGAGGACAAGUACGUAUCUGAGCAAGUGACUCGUAAUGAUGGUGGUCCUCUAGUGAUGAAUGCCUUUGAGAUGAUUACGUUAUCUCAAGGUUUGGAUCUGUCUGCAUUAUUUGAUAGACAGCAGGAGUUUGUCAAACGUCAAACUCGUUUUGUCUCAAGGAAACCAGCAAAGACUAUAGUUGCUACUAUUGAAGUUGUUGCUAAGUCUAUGGGUCUCAAGGUCCACUCUCAGAAUUAUAAGUUGCGUCUUGAAGGUGUAUCUUCAAACAGAAUGAGCCCGUUUGCUGUUGUUCUACAGGUUUUUGAAGUUGCUCCCUCUCUGUUCAUGGUUGAUGUUCGAAAGGUUGCCGGUGACACGCUGGAAUACCACAGGUUCUACAAGAAAUUAUGCAACAAGAUGGAAAGUAUAAUCUGGAGACCAAUAGAAGUUUCAGAAAAAUCCACAUUGCUAAGGACGGCCACUUGCUAGCCUAGCGUUAACGCAGCUGCACAUCCUGCAGCAAUGGGGGCUUCCAGUUGUCAAGUUGGAGAGUUUCUUGUGCUUUUAAUCUGGCACUGAUGCCGUCCACCGAAGUUGCUCUUGCAGGCACUGCAUGUAUCAUAACUGAGUCAGUUCUUCAGUAGAUCAGACGAUGCUGCUUACCGCACCAGAUGUUUUGGUAGUAUAUAGAACUGUAGAUAGUCCAUAUAGCGACCAAUUGUGCAGUCUGUAUGUAACAUGGAUAUAGAUAGGUUUCUUCAGCUGGCUCAUGUGUUUGUUUGUAGUAAAUAAGCUGGUUAUUCUGGACUGCUUGACUUGUGAACAUUGAAAAGUUCCCCCUGUAUGUUGGAACAGUUCUUAAGGAUGAGAUGGAAAUAGUAGUAACCGUA